AUGGAGCGAAACGAGCGACCGCAUAUGAUUGUUGGUGUAGACCUUGGGAUGACAUGUACCGGCGUGGCAUAUGUGAACCUCUCCAUAGGCAGCGAAACUGUUCGCUGGGUGCAGAAGUGGCCUGGACGAUUCCAGGCGAAUGAAAACAAAGUUCCGACGGUAGUUGUCUACCCAAUUGGCUCCAAAGAUCCGUCAUCAUGGGGCUUUCUUUCGGAGACCGCUGCAGAGACCGCGGCCGACGACAAGGAGUACAAGGAGUGGUUCAAGACAUGUCUCGAUCCAGAGAAGCUCCGCCGAAAGCAGAUGGAGGAUCCUGAAGGCGCACCUGAGAACCUACAGGAGGUUGAGAAGUGGUAUGGCGACUAUCUGCGGAAGAUGUACGAGUACUUGUCGUUCAAGCUUGGCGGGGAGCUUUCUGGCAUCGGCUGGGAAGAGGCUAGAAUUGAAUUCAUCUUCAGCGUGCCGACCACAUGGGCUCCGAUGCCAACGGUGGAGAACUUCAAACGGCUGGUGAAAGAGGCGGGCUAUGGGACGCAUCCGCACCACGAAGUGGCGAUAGGUCUAACGGAAGCCGAAGCCGCUGCGGUACAUGUAUCCACUGAAGCACCAGGCAUUUUCCGCGAGAACGAUGUCUUGCUAGUCUGUGACGCCGGAGGUGGGACGACCGAUCUUAGCGUGCUGAAAGUCACUGGCACUGUCAACCAGGCUAUCGAUCUUCAGCAGAUGGACGUCGUGUUUGGCGAGACCAUCGGAUCCGCUGCUAUCGAUUACGAGUUCGAGAGGCUGGUGAUGCAUCGUUUGACGCUCGCGCACAGUACAAAUCCUCUACCAGUCGACCCCGCGGACGCCGGAUGGGAGAUGAUGAAAAGUCGAGACUUCCAAGCAGUGAAGUGUGAGUAUGGCGCCCCGGACGACACACCGUUGUUCAGUAUAGGAAUUCCACGCGUUCCACAAACGUACAGCAACUCUGAUCCGGAAGUUCGAAUUCGUAACGGCGAGAUGACUUUUGAACGGCAAGAUCUGCAGCGCCUCUUCGAUAAGCAAAUCGCGAAGUUGUUCAAGCUCAUCGACACGCAGCUGCAAUCGCUCUUUCAAAAGUUUCCGAGAGAGCAUGUAGCACAUCUUGUGCUCAGUGGUGGAUUAGGCAAUAGCGCAUAUGUGCAAUCGCAGCUGCGAAAGUACUAUGCGCGCACCUCUUUCCCGAACGCCGAGUCCAUCUCCGUGAGCAUAGCGCCUGACCCUCAACUCGCUGUGUGCAAGGGUCUCGUCAGCGAUCGUAUGCGAAAGAUCCUGACAUCGCGAUCGGUCCUCGGCUGGCGUUGUUGUCGAGCGUCGUAUGGCACUGUGUGCAAGAUUGCGUAUGACAAGAAGAACCCUGAGCAUCAAGGGAAGGAACUUGUUCGAGACCCACUGAACAACAAGCUGUACAUCACGCAGUCCAUAGCGUGGUUCGUCAAGAAGGGCGCGCCAGUAAGCGUGGACAAACCGAUCGAGCACAACUUCAUCAAGAAGGUCGACCCGGGCGAUCCAAGAAGGGCAUUUCCGACGACUGUCAUCGAGAGUGACUUGGAUGCGGCGAUCUUGCCAGAUCAAAUGAACCAACACACGCGCAUCCUUUGCGAAAUAAAUUCAGACCUCUCUGCAGCAGAUGAGAAGAAGUUUCAAGAGAAGAACAAGCACUUCUGGUCGUUGCAGAAGCACUAUCUGCGCAUCGAGUACUCGGUACGCGUCUUGAUCGGGCCCGCAGACAUCCGCUUCGAGCUGUGGUUUGACGACCAGAAACUUAGUCGCGAUGAGUCGAUUAGGGUGGAAUGGAUGCCUGCGCAGAUGCCGCAAACGUCUCAGAUCGCCGAGAUGUCCGGGGCGGAGAGAGAGGCUGUUGAGAUGUCCAACACGCCGCCCACGCCCAUAGGCGCUGCGCCCCCAAGUGGCGCAUUCAAGACUGAUCCAAAUGCGAAAGCCAUACGGACAGGUGGUUUCGCGGUCGUCAAUAAGAGGGCUACUGUUGAGAUGGGCAAGAAGCCAAGAGGAACUCCUCGGUUUGCUAUCUUUCUGGUCAUCAUAACUAAUAUCAUGCGCUACCUCGCGUUCCUUGGUAAGAGGCCUGUGAUCACCGUUCUGAUCACAACUGACGUAGUUGAAGCCACCGCAUGCGGUCUGAUCGCAUCUAUCGCAGCAUUCGACAUCUCGCCGCAAGAGGUACUAGACUCGAAUACGCCCAAAUUCUUGAAUGAAGCAAUCGAUCCCUGCUCGUUGGCCGACUCCCCAAAAGCAAAUGCGAGCGUUCAGCUUAGCAGUUGGUUAGAAUGCGCUGUCAAUGGGUUCUAUCCGUACCCUGCGAACACAGACUGGCCCAACGGCCAUGCGAAAUCAUUCUCGAAAGACAUCAAGUUCACCUUCAACGACACGCAUUACGACUUCGAUGGCUCACGGCGACUCUAUACAAUCUUCAACGCGACACUGGGCAUGGCCUUUGCGCCUUUCAAACAUGGCCCCAUCAACACCCUUGGUGUGCCCAACAUAAAUGGCGAUAAAGGUGGCUUCGUGUACAUGAUCGGGUGGGCCGGUGGUUUCCAGACCCGCGUCAAACGCGACUUGUACUUCACAAAUGCAGCAUUCGCAGUAGUCAAAGAGGAGGACGGAGAAAGGAAGAUUGUUGAGUUCCGAGAGAGCGGCAACAUUCCCAACACAGCACCACUGCCAGAGCCUGUCCAGUGGGGAUGCUCCUUCGAGUAG